AUGGACACCCCCUUGAAGCAACCUAGUUUGGGGGAAACCCUAGAAAGUUUUCUAGUUCGAGCAGGUGUGAUCGAUGUAGGAGAUCAUCAAGAUGACAAUAAUGAUAAUGUUGUUGUUGGUGGUAAUACUCAUCAUCAGGCCCUGAUGGGAAUGGAUCCAGUGGUGAUGCUUUCACAGAAGGAACAUUGGUUGCAAUUGAAAAUUCCUAUAGCUAUUGACAUGCACCAACAUCAGGAGCAACAUCAUCAACAAAGAGAUGUUGGGGAGCAUCAAGAUUUGAUUGUUCCUAAGUCAUUAUUUUAUGAGAACCAAGAAAUGGAAAUUGGUUACUCAGAAAAUCCAGGGGGGAUUUCAGUGUCACCAACAUAUUCAGAUUCAAAGAGUGCUAUUUUUGGAAAGAACAAGUAUUCAGACGAGGUGCUGGAAAAGACUAUUGAGAGGAAGCAGAAGAGAAUGGCCAAGAACCGCGAAUCUGUUGUAAGAUCCAGGACAAAGAAGCAAGUUAGUACUAGAAUGACUCCUCAAUUAUCAUCAAAGCAUGCAUGCGAUUAG